CUCCAGGUUAUGUGUGAUAAAACAAUCUUGUUUAGCUAGGUUUGCUUAGGUUAUCGGAUCACUGUCUUGUUGAACAUAGAUAGAUAGAUAGACAAUCUUGUUUAGCUAGGUUUGCUUAGGUUAUCGUUAGGAAUGUGUUUUGUUUUGGUGCUUGUCCUCAAACAAGUUUAAAUUAAAUAUUAUCAAAAUUUAAAAAACCCUAAUAGGCUAAGUUUUAAUUAUAUUAUAAUUAAUUUAAAAAUUUCCAAAAUAUUAAAAACCCUAAUAGGCUAAUAGUCCCACGUUCACACGACUUCACCUCAAAAAAAAAACCUAACGCAAAACUUCAGAGAGACAGAGACCAUGGGAUCAAGGAGCGAUUCAGAAGAGCAGUUCACGAUGGAUACUAACUACACUCCACCAUCAACAUUGGACUUCGCGAGUCAAGCUACUCUAGAUGUUCUUGCUGCGCUUGAAGAGAACUCUGAUCCAAGGGGAGAAGGUGGUGUAACUUCUGAUGCUUUUGGUGCAAAGACGCAAGCAAGCAAGAGAAAGGUGAUGAGCCUUGACGAUGAGACAGAUGAUUCUGAUGUUGAAAUCACUCCACCACCCCAAACAAACAUGCCUCGCAGAAAGAGCAGAUUUGGAACAGCCACGGGGAAACCCAUGUUGCAGUCCACAAUAGAUGGUGGAAUAGGCUCGUCCUCACAGGCGUGCAGAAAGAAGAAGCAUGUACCUGUGAAAUCAGUGAUUCGGGGAGGGAGAAGGAAGCCAUUGACUCAGUCGCAAAAGGGCAAGGCCAAGGCUACCACUCCGCAAAAGAAGAAGAAGGUCGAGGAGAUACCAGACUUUGAUGACUCAUUGGAGGAAGAGGAGGUGGAUGAAGAAGAGGAGUUGAAUGAAGAAGAAAUCGAAAUGGACAAUAGGCAAAGAUCAGAUGUGUGGCCUGAUUUCACGGUGGUCCACAAACCGAAUGGGACGAUGAAAGCUCAAUGCAAUCAUUGCAGGAAUCAGUAUGCUUGGCAUUCCCACUCGCAUGGAACCAGUGGGCUGAGAAGGCAUCGUUUUAGAUGUAAGGUGUAUCAAAGGAAAAAUAGAAAUCAGCAGAAGAUCAAUUUCGAGGGGAAGUUACAUUCUGGCAAGUAUGAUCAUACCGUCUUUCGGCAGAUGGUAGCUAAGACGAUAGUCCAGCAUGAUCUACCAUACUCGUACGUAGAGUAUGAGAAAGUGCGAGAAACUUGGACGUAUUUGAAUCCUGAUGUGCAGACCAUUUGUCGAAACACGGCUAGAUCAGAUGUAUAUCGACUAUAUGAAAGCGAGAGAGACGCAUUGAGGAGAGACUUAGCUACACUUCCUGGUCGAGUAUCAUUGACAUCUGACUUGUGGACAUCAAUAAAACGUGAAGGGUACAUGUGUGUGACUGCACAUUACAUUGAUCGGAACUGGAAGUUGAACAGCAAGAUCAUCACGUUUUGUGCUCUAGCGCCACCACACACUGGUAUGAAUGUUGCUAUGCAGCUUCUUGAGUCGAUGAAAGAGUGGGGAAUUGAAAAAAAAGUUUUCUCUGUCACAUUGGAUAAUGCUACAAGUAAUGACUCGAUGCAAGAUAUUGUGAAGUCCCAGUUAAUGUUGACUGAUGACUUGGUGUGUGGAGGAGAAUUUUUCCAUGUAAGAUGUGCAGCUCACAUACUUAACCUUAUAGUGCAAGAUGGGUUAAAGGUUAUUAAAGGCGCUUUGCACAAAGUAAGAGAGAGUGUGAAGUAUGUGUUAUCAUCUACAUCGCGGGAGGUGUUGUUCGGAAAAGCAGUGGUUGCUGCGAAUGUAAAAGAAACUCGAGGGCUGAUAUUGGAUGUCUCGACCAGAUGGAACUCCACUUACUAUAUGCUGCAAAUUGCAGUAAAUUACCGUAAGGCAUUUGAGAAGUUGGAGUCAUUUGACAAGCGAGGUUUUACAAUGGCGCCCACAGCUGAAGAAUGGACAAGAGCAAGUAAUAUCUGCAAUUUUCUGGGGCCGUUUGCUGUGAUCACAAAGAUGAUGUCUGGCACUAAUUACCCGACAUCUAAUUUGUAUUUCUAUCAAGUUUGGAUGAUCCAUAAUUGGCUCCGGAAUAAUGAGGAAAGCGAUGAUGAGGUUGUCAGAUUCAUGGUGCCACCAAUGAAGGAGAAGUUUGACAAAUAUUGGGAUGAUGUCAGUGGUCUUUUUGCAAUGGCAGCAGUCUUUGAUCCGCGAUUUAAGCUAUCAAUUGUUGACCAUUGUUUAGGGAAGCUUGACAUGACAACAAAAGAUGUUAAGGUGAAGAACUUGCGUGAGAGGCUCAGCAUUCUCUUUGAGUCUUAUGACAAAAAAUCGAAGGUAAACUCCCCUUCUACAGAGCCACGUGAGAUGGUUCCACCCAAAACAUGUGAGCCAGUGUCCACUGAAAUGUUUGAGAACUACACUGAUUUUUUUGCAUUUCGCAAAGUCAGUGGUGUUGGGAGUGGGAAGACACCUCUAGAAACAUAUCUUGAUGAACCACCAUUGGAAGUUUCCAGUUUUAAGAGCUUGAAUAUUCUUGACUUCUGGAAAGAUAAUGCUCAUCGCUAUGGUGAUUUGGCUGGUAUGGCUUGUGAUCUAUUAAGUAUUCCAAUCACAACAGUUGCUUCCGAGUCUUCUUUCAGUAUUGGAUCAAGAGUUCUCAACAAAUACAGGAGCCGUCUACUCCCAAAAAAUGUGCAGGCUCUGAUAUGCACUAGGAAUUGGAUCAGGGGAUAUGAAUCAUAUCAAAAUGAAGAAGAAGUAUUUGGUGAAGAAGAUAAACCCCCAUCAGUUGAAUCAGCUGUUGGUGAUAAAAUGGAAGUUGCAAAAGUGUGAUUUGAGU